CUGAAGUGUCGUCGCGCCGUCGCGUACGCUGAACGUCAGACUGAACGUUUUGACGUUGCAACGCCAAGCCACGAAUGGCAUAUGAGCUCACCUUGGCGCUCAUCAAGCCUACCUUGCUCGCUCAGCAAUCCCAAGUGACUGCCGUCCUACGAGAAAUCAAAUCUGCAGGCUUCGACAUUGCCCGAACGCAGCGUCAUCAUUGGACGAUCGAAGAGGCACAAGCUUUCUACGCCGAGCACGAUGGCAAGUUCUAUUUCCCUCGACUGGUUGCAUCGGCUACGCAGGCACCUAUGAUGGCGCUUGCACUCGCUGCACCCUCUGCUAUCACUAAAUGGCGUCAACUGAUGGGGCCCACGCAUGUGUACAAAGCGCAAUGGACACAUCCCACAUGCUUGCGCGCGCGAUACGGCAUAAGCGACACUCGCAAUGCAUUCCACGGCUCCGAUUCGCCACAGAGUGCAGCAAGAGAGCUCGCACUUGCCUUUGAAGGAUUUGACACUCAGUGGUGGCUCAAUCGUGCAAAAGAAGCGAGGUGACAAGGUGCAUAGACG